AUGCACUCCCGUACAACAUGGCCAUCUAGGAUCAACUUCCAGAUAUUUCACAGCUACCUCGCAGGAUGCACGCCGGAUGAGGUGGUGGAAUACCUAAGAUCGUUUCUUGUGCAAGAAAGCAGGCGAAUAUCCUGUAGCAGUCUUUCACUAUCAAUAAGCACCUCCAGCCAAAUGCUGUCCUUUAUACGCUCCCAUGUCUCCUUUAAUGAAACCCACUUGGGCGAUAAAACCAUGGAGGCGAACGGCGAAAAGACAACCAAUACCACCACGAAAUCCCUGCAUGCUGCGUUGAUUGAAGGCGAGAGGCCCGAGGCGUCGGAGUCGCCGCAAAUACCGCCUUCACGUGGUAAAAGGCGAGUUCAUUCUCGACGUGAACGCCAUACGCAUGCCCAUCGGGUGCAUUCUUUGUCAGGCCAACCAUAUGGCGGCGCCAUAAAGCAUUCCAAUCCGCAGGUUAAAUGCGCUCACGAUUUGGACGGCCCUUGUCGACAUUUUGGCGGUAAAAUGGAGGAUUCCCUUCUAAACCCCCUCGAGGAGGUGUUUCCUUCCCUCGCCACACUGGCCGUCGCGGCCGGGUAUGCACGAGCGCAGUCUCUUUCUGAUCCCCGAAGCGUCUUACUCAGGAAGAAAGGGCAUUCGAAGCAUUUGCAUCCCAACGACGAUCCGAUCGAUACGACUUCUAAUCGAAAGCACUCGGCCGAUGGCCUUUCAUCGGAUACCUUCUUCCUACGGGGCCUCCCCCAAAAUGUUCACUUUAAUUAUCAGGAAUACCGAAACUACCUCUUUAACUUGGAGCCGGACACCUCUGUUGAGUCGGCGAAGGAGAAUAAAUCCUUAGCCUCGGUCGGGCCCACAACGCUAAUGCAGCUUUUGCGAGAAGAGAUCAUUGAGCAGUACAACCUUUAUAAUUACCUCACGGAGGAGAUGGAGCACGGGGUCAACAAGCCCUAUGCCUUUCUCUCCUGCAAUUACCUUCCUAUCCCCAUUUCAGAUCGUCGGAAGUUGGUGGAGCUUUAUUACGCCGUUGAUCCUGUUGUUUUUCGGUAUUAUUUUGGUACAAAAGCCGUUCACUUCGAUCCGUUGAUGGGAACUGAGGAGGAGAGGAAGGGCUAUGGACUCUUUCAGCGCGGCGGGGGCCCUGGGGAAGGAAAAGGUUUGGAGAAAAUGAUGGCGCACAUUGCCAAGAUCUCCUCUCUUUCACUUCAACGGCAGCAAGGGAAUAUCAAACGGGUUUGUACCUCGUUGAUAGACUUCUACCAUGGGAAGAAUCACGCGAUUAUCCCGAACACGGUCAGUAUUUUUUCCGCCGUCAAGCGGUGUUUUGGAGUGGCGGACCAACUCGCCUUCCACUACGGCACGGCAGUUUUUGGGGCCUUUUACAACCUCCGAGGCCGCAUUUCGGAUCGCCUGGGGAGCUACGACGAGGUCUGCGGGUUGUGUAAUGUUAUUAUGGCCUUGUGGUGUGAUGAAUCCCAGCUCUUCUUGGAUGACGCUUUCACCGCGGGGAUGAAUCGCGUGGCGGCCUUGUUGGAGGAGCACCGCGUUCUCGCGGAGCUCCAUCAAGGGAUCUUCGGCGAGGCCAUGCGCACGCGAUGGCAGGUCCAACUCGACGAGGUCCAACGCGCGAUGAUGCCAAAUUCGACGGGGGGCGAGAAAGUCACCUCGGGAUCGACCUUGAAUACGUUUAGCGCCGCCGCGCAUGGGAAUGCCACGGAGGGGAAAAGGGGGAAGUCAUGCUCGUCGAAUCUUUCCGAGUCGGGGAUGCAUGGGAGCGCCUCCUCCACCGCUUUUACCCACGGCGCGAUGGAGCCCUCGGCGCCAUCCCUCGCCGCCGCGCAUUCAUUUUCGUGCGAUCGGAAGUAUAGCCGGCGCUUUGUUUUGGAGUUCCACCACAUCAUGCGGCAUUUAACCCGGAUGAUGGUCGCCAUCGGGGGAAAUCGAAGCGUGAGCGACGCCCUGGAGGUCUUUUACAAUCGCCUGUUUGUUUAUUUGGAGUCGCUGAGCUCGCGGGCCGGGCAGGAGGCCGGUGGGUCGUCCGCCAUCCCCUCGACGACGCCCACCGCGAAGAACGUCAUCUCCACCCCCGCCCAGUCCUCCCCCACACCGCCUUUUGGCGAAGAUGCCGGUGCUGCGACGCCCGCUCGCGCGCGCGCAAUCGGCCCCGCGAAUUUCAGAGAGCGCGGAAAGUUUGCCCGGGAAGGAGACCCCCCAAUUCCCCGCAUUCCCGACCGACACGGCCUUUUCACCGCGCGGGCCGGGCGGGCUGUCGAAGUCGAUGUCGGUGCCGUCCUUCAAAAAGGCCUUUUCCAGGCCCCAGGGGUCCUGGGAGGGGAGCUCGCCGCAGGACUCCCUGCGAAGCGCCUCCUCGACCGAUCUCGCGGCGCAGACGCGUCUGCGCCGCUCCCCCCGCCCCGAGGCCCUCCCCGGGGCCCCCCAUGGCGACCCCGCCCCAUCCAUCGCCGCCGGCCUCGAGGCGGCGGGGGAGGAUGGAGGGAGUUUUCCCCAGGGCCCUGA